AUGGUUCCAUCUGAGAUUGUGUUUACGCCUCUAGGCUUCGCGACUUGUGUGAUUCUGCUUGUACUUUCGCUACUAUGGCGGAGUCAAAGUAAUAAGCGCAGCAUCCUCCCUCAAGUUCACGAUGAGAAACAAAAAGUAUCAUCCAUACCGUUCAAAACACCAUUGCCUAGACCAGCGGAAGGCUACAAGUUGGAGCUUACAGAUCCCAAACUAUACCGGCCGUUCCGCCAUGGUCCAAACUUCGUUACUAUGGGCAUUCGAAAGAUGCAUUGGAACGAAUGGAUUGAGAUGGAUUCAAAUUUCAUCCCUUAUCAUGACGCCAAGGUACGCGAGCUUGAGAAGGAUGUUGCAUCUCGUGUGCAAUAUGUCGAUAACGAAGUCACACGACUAGCCUGCUUUGAGGUUCUGGAAGAGUUGACACAGUAUCUCACACAUCGCUACCCGGAAGUCUUUCAAUUGCACGGCAACAUCCUCCGUAACACGAUUACCGCUGAGGAGUUUCAAUAUCCGGCAUCAACACCAAGGGAGGCUAUGGUCACAGCAGCAAAGCUUGUGCAGGACGAUCUUGUAGUUAUGGUACUUAACGACGAUGGUCACUACCACAUAGAUGCCGGAGCGGUCUGCUUACCUGGCUUCUGGCGUUUGACUGAGAAGUACCGCAUGUCGCUCGACGAGCUUCACAUCGAAGCUGGGUUCUUCAUCCAGCUCGAUGACGGUCUGGCGUGGUCCCACCGUAUGGGCGACCAAAACUCCAAUACAGUUGCCUCGUGGGCUACCGCCAAUUCCGAAGGUCUUCGUGUUGAAGAUAUCCACUUCCGCUCGGAAAGGCAAUCGCUUCGACGUCUUCCGAAGUCUAAAGCCCUACUCUUUACCAUCCGAACAUACUUCGAGCCGGUUACUACUAUCGCGAAAGAGCCGCAUGUUCCAGGACGGCUGGCAGAGGCGAUCAGGAGUUGGGAUGAAACUGUCAGCUACUACAAGGGAAGAGAACAUUGGGAAGGAUUGCUCCUUCCAUAUCUAGAUGAAGAACAUAAGAAGCAGGUUGAUGGUGGGGCAUUGGAGAAACCGGAAGGUGAAUUUCCCUUCUGA